GUGUGCUAGCAGGGGGGCUGUUAGAAGACAUGUGGACCCCCCACACUCAUGCAUGCAACUACAUCUACUUCUGUCCCGCCUGCAGAGAACAUGGUGGCCUGUGUGCUCACCUCACCACAACAUGUUCAACCUGAUGAGCAACUGCUGCACCUGGUUCUCCAAGUUCCAGGAACCAAUCAGACCAGUGACCCUUCUUGUGGUGGGUCUGGACAAGGCGGGUAAGACCUCCUCCAUCCGAGGGAUGCUCAGAGUCCCCCACGCCGUGGAAUGUGGCCCGGGGGUCUGGGGGGACUUUUAUGGAGAAGCGCACGGGAUCAUCUUUGUGGUGGACUCUAGUGACCGUCCCAGGAUGAAGGAGGUCAAGGAGGUCCUGGCUGACCUCCUCAAGCAACCCAGAGUGGCAGGGAAACCCAUCCUGGUCUUGGCGAACAAACAAGACAAAAUGAAGGCCCUGCUGGGAAGUGAUCUGACUGAGAUGUUGUCCUUGGAGAAGCUGGUCAACCAGAGCCGCUCCCUGUGCCACAUAGAGCCCUGUUCAGCCUUAAUGGACAUCCGGCGCCGGUCGGACAGGAAGACUCUACGAGGUCUUCGCUGGCUGCUGAGAGCCGUCUGCCUGGACUACCUGGAGCUGAGCACCCGCGUGGUCCAGGACAGCAAGAGUCCCUUGGGGCCCCCAGAGAGGACGGCCAGCAAAAACAAGAGGGAGCGCCUGCGAGGAAGCCAGUGUGACAUGAAGUCCAAGGACAUGAAGUCCAAGGACACCAAGGACAAGGACAUGAAGUCCAAGGACAUGAAGUCCAAGGACAAAGCCAAGAGGAGCAAAGGGGAAAUGCUGCAAAAGGAGCAGACGCUGAAGAAGAAGAUGAAGAAAGCCGCCAGGAGGAAGAAGAGUUUGGUUGAAGCUAAUGAAGACAAGGACAAGGAGCAGGAGGAAGAGGAGGAAGAGGAGGAUCAUGUCGGCCAUCUUCUCCCGCCCAGUAGCAAGAGCAGACCUAAAGGCAAGACCAAAGUCAAGGAGGAGACCCUGGAGGUGCCUGAAUGGACGCAUGAGGACGGCAAGCCGCUCAGAGCCCCGGGCAGGAGGAGCAAGAAGAAGAAGAAGAAGAAGGUGAAGAAGAGGAGCACCAACAAGAUCAACACAGAAGAGGUGUGUCAUCAUGUCCACCUUCCUGCUACACUUGAUCUGUACAGAAAAGCCAUUCUGGCGCUGAAGGAGCGUCAGACUGAGGGACAAUGAUGGAGAAGAAGUUUGUUCCUGACUAGUGAAGGUAUUAUUUUAUUAUUUCAUGAUCAACAAAGUCAUAUUUGUUGUUAUUUCCCCCCUUUUUUUCUGAGACUAUUUCAACACAUCCUUACAAUGCACUUAAGUCAACAUUUGAAAUUGUAUGAUCGGCUCUUUUUUCGCCACCUUUUUCCUCAAUGUACUGAUAGUUACUAGUUACUAGUUACUAGUUACUAGUAAUGAGUUGUCUUUCAAUGCAUGACACUACUUUGUAAAUAAAAGCGUGUUAUUAUUGAUCUUAAAUAGAUUCAGGCCUGAUCUUCACCUUGAUCGUAAAACAUUUCCUGUAUGGACGCUAACUCUUUUUCUGCAUUUUUUUCAAAAUAAAAGGGUUGCAACCAAAUA